AAUUUUCUUUUUUAAACAGUUAAUUCUCUUUAGCUAAAGAUUCUAUAGUUGCAUCUUAGGUUGAGGGACGUAUGGGUGAAGACGAAACACUCAAGUUUAAUGGCUGCAAAUAUGCACACUGUCCCAUUUUUUUAACGUUCUCACUGCACACAGCCCUUGUAGCCUCACGAUUCCCAGCUUUCGUUUCCGUUGUGAAUUCUUUGUCGUGGAACCUGCAGGUGGAAGAUCCCGGUCCAGUCUGUGGUGGUGCUUCUUGGGGACCUGCCUGUAUGUUUAAGAAAAUAUUUUAAUGCUCCUGUGUGGAGCUUCCCUUUAUCUAAAUACCUGCUGUUCUUUGCAUUAUUGCACCUGAAGUCCCCGGAGGGCUAUGUAAAGUCUUAAUCUAUGGGAACAUGGAAAAUGAUCCGCGAGAUCUGAGCCAGGCCAAGCUUGCUAGAAUUCUGCUUUCCUUGCAGACAGAUUUAAACGAAGACACGCCUCAAAUGCAGCCUCCUCCCUCCCAGCUUUGCUUCAUAAUGUUGGGGUCUAGUUGUUGACCUCUGUUGCAGUCUUACAAUGAUAAAUUCUAGAUUACACGCAUGGGUUGUUUUUCCGUCACAGUUGUUGUUUUUCUGGGCAGUAUGAAAGGAUCCGUGUUUUACGAUAAUACGGUAAAGAAUCCAUUUGGACUCGAGCAAUGUAAUAACUCGUUUGAUUCGUAACCAGAGUCAUCUCAGAGCCAGAUUUCAAUAUUGGCAAAGCGUCGGGCUGCAGACCUGGCCCAUCUCUUGGGGAAUCUCAUGCUCUAGAACUGUGCAGGACUUUUUCUUUUUAUCCCGCCUGCCUGUUCACAUUUAAUUUGUUCUUAGCCGUGUGCAAUGGAUUAACGUUUCAUCAGGGUAGAUUAAGAGUGAAUCGACAUUAAAGCAGUCUUUUUCUAUUUUCCUCCUGUCACUGUCAGGCGAUCAGAGGCGGUGGGGGCACCUUCGGGAGGGGGAGGGAGUACUCGUCCAAAAAGUGCCCUGGUGAGGACGGGGGAGAUAAGCCGGAGCUUCAGUGUGAACAUAAGUCCCAGUUGCGGGUCGAGAGGCCUGGUUGGAGCCCGCAGCCGGUUUCAUCAGUCUAACGAGAUGUCACAUGGAACAAAAGCUUUCGGGGUUUUAUUUAGCUCCUAAUCCGCACGCUGAGAGAGCCGAGGUCCAUGUGAGCGCACCAGCCGGGAGGGGGGCCCGGCGGGCUGGAGGCAGCCUCCUUUCUGGGACUGAGCCGUAAAGAAAAGACCUCUGGCGCUACCAUUGGAGAGUGAGGCAAAGUUACCGUGAGUGUUGUGUUUUGUCUACUAAGGUUUCGGAGGAUUAAUAAUUUAGGCCAUACUUUGAAAUAGAAAACCCACAGUUGGUUGUCCCUGCUGUCUUGGAAGGGAUAGAAUACAGCCGGGUCUGGGUUUGAUGUAUGUAAUUGAAGAUUCGUAAAGAAAGGCUUCCUCCUCUGCCUUGGCCGUAGUCAUUUUUUUUUUCCAAUGCCGGUUCCCAGCAGGCAUAUAAAUAUCAGUCGAUCUCAGAGCUGGGAUGCUGCCGGGUGGUACGAGGGCCCCUGGGAGAUCGCUGAGGCUCUGGGGAGGAGAAGCUCCCUGACGGACAGAGGCGGAGAGGGACCUUGGUACGAGCGACCGAACCCUGGGCUGCAGGAUGUCACCAUGCCCGGGGCCGCCGAGCCCUGCCGCUACCGGGAGGCCUUCUACAACUCGGUGGCCGGAAGGAAGAGCUCUGCUCCCGACUUUGCCUUUUACGACAGCAGACAGGCAGUGAUGUCAGCUCGCAGGGCCCUGCUGCCGCGGGAUUACUACAGCGACCCGGCCGGAGCCGCCCGGGCCCCCAGAGAGCCUCAGCACCAUCACGACCCGGGAGCUGGCCAGCCGCUGCCCGGUUAUGGAGCGCUGGGCAGCAGGAUGACAUGGGAGCCAGUGCAAGGCCGGGCCCCUGUCCUGCAGGACGCCGGUCACCUGUACCGGGAUCCCGGAGGUAAAAUGAUCCCUCAGGGACAGCGAUCGCAGAGCGAGGCCCCAUUGCCUGCGCGGUACUCGGGGGAGCUGGCCGACAGCAGGUUUGGGGCGGAGGCGCCCGCCUACCCUGCCAGCCAGGUCUACAGCGAUGUGGGCGAGAGGCCUAUGGAUUCCGCCACCGCUGCCAGGCAGGCGGCCCCCACGUGCCUGGUCGUGGACCCUGGAGCGGCUGCUGCUUCCGAUGCCAGCCUGCGAACAGCCCCGGGCACCCUGAACCGAGGCUACGGACCUGCCCGGGAAAGCGUCUACCCCAGGACGCCUUAUGAGAAUUGCGAGGCCGACCUGUCCGCCUACCGGGGGCCCGGCGGCAGCAAGAGGAGUGCGAUGCCCGAGUUCCUGGCCUUCCUGAGGGCGGAGGGCGUGGCCGAGGCCACGCUGGUGGCCCUGCUGCAGCAGGGCUUCGACUCCCCGGCCGUCCUGUCCACAAUGGAGGAUGCAGACAUCAAGUGUGUGGCGCCCAACCUGGGCCAGGCCCGCGUCCUGAGCCGUCUGGCCAGCAGCUGCAGGACGGAGAUGCAGCUGCGCAGGCAGGGCCGGGGAGGCUCCCUGCCCCGGACGCGCUCCAGCAGCUUGAGCCACCGAAGCGAGCUCCACGGUGACUUGUCUGGUCUGGACGCCUCGGCCCUGCGGCCCCAGCCGGCGGGGCCCCUGCAGGCGACCUCCCCGCAAGCUGCAGACCCCACUCGCCGCCCCUCCAGCGCGCCAUCCCAGCAUCUCCUGGAGACCGCGGCUACCUACUCUGCCCCGGGGGUGGGCGCCCAAGUCCCCCACCUUCCCUCCAACUCUGGGUACAGCUCUCCCACCCCUUGCGCCCUGACAGCGCGGCUGGGCCCUACGUAUCCCCUGCAGGCCGGGGUGGCCUUGACUAACCCGGGCCCCAGAACUGCCUACUCCACAGCGUACACGGUGCCCAUGGAGCUGCUGAAGCGGGAGCGUGGGGCGGUGGCGUCUCCCCUGCCUAGCUCCCACAGCAGCCCCCAGCUCCUGCGGAAGCCCAACCUCCCCCCGGAGCCCUCCACCCUGCUGCCGGCCAGCCAGAGCCUCCACACGCCCCACUCGCCCUACCAGAAGGUGGCCCGGCGGACGGGGGCCCCCAUCAUCGUGUCCACCAUGCUUGCACCAGAACCAAGUAUCCGCCCCCAGAUCAUGAACGGCCCCCUGCACCCGCGCCCCCUGGUGGCGCUGCUCGACGGCAGAGACUGCACCGUGGAGAUGCCCAUCCUGAAGGACCUGGCCACCGUGGCCUUCUGUGACGCACAGUCCACACAGGAGAUCCACGAGAAGGUUUUAAAUGAGGCUGUCGGCGCCAUGAUGUACCACACCAUCACCCUCACCAGGGAGGACCUGGAGAAGUUCAAGGCCCUGAGAGUGAUCGUGCGGAUAGGCAGCGGCUACGACAACGUCGACAUCAAGGCUGCAGGCGAGCUCGGGAUCGCCGUAUGCAACAUCCCGUCCGCGGCAGUGGAAGAGACGGCCGACUCCACCAUCUGCCACAUUCUGAACCUGUACCGGCGGAACACGUGGCUGUACCAGGCGCUGCGGGAAGGCACGCGGGUGCAGAGCGUCGAGCAGAUCCGGGAGGUUGCCUCGGGGGCAGCCCGCAUCCGCGGGGAGACGCUGGGCCUCAUUGGCUUCGGUCGCACGGGGCAGGCGGUUGCCGUUCGAGCCAAGGCCUUUGGAUUCAGCGUCAUAUUUUAUGACCCCUACUUGCAGGAUGGGAUAGAGCGGUCCCUGGGCGUGCAGAGGGUCUACACCCUGCAGGACUUACUGUAUCAGAGCGACUGCGUCUCCUUGCACUGUAAUCUCAACGAACAUAACCACCACCUCAUCAAUGACUUUACUAUAAAGCAGAUGAGGCAAGGAGCAUUCCUAGUGAACGCGGCCCGCGGCGGACUGGUGGAUGAGAAAGCCUUAGCCCAAGCCCUCAAGGAAGGCAGGAUACGAGGGGCGGCCCUCGACGUGCACGAAUCGGAGCCUUUCAGCUUUGCUCAGGGUCCCCUGAAGGACGCACCGAAUCUCAUUUGUACACCCCACACGGCCUGGUACAGUGAGCAAGCCUCCCUGGAGAUGAGGGAGGCGGCCGCCACCGAGAUCCGCCGGGCCAUCACAGGUCGCAUCCCAGAGAGCUUAAGAAACUGUGUGAACAAGGAAUUCUUUGUCACAACAGCUCCCUGGUCAGUAAUAGAUCAGCAAGCAAUUCAUCCAGAGCUCAAUGGUGCCACAUACAGAUACCCGCCAGGCAUCGUGGGUGUGGCUCCGGGAGGACUUCCUGCAGCCAUGGAAGGGAUCAUCCCCGGAGGCAUCCCGGUAACCCACAACCUCCCCACGGUGGCACACCCUUCCCAAGCUCCCUCUCCCAACCAGCCCACAAAACACGGGGACAGUCGAGAGCACCCCAACGAGCAAUAGCAGAGAGUGACGGAAGGUAACCAUUCAGAUACACCUGGGACCAAGAGACAGUGAAAAAUAGAUGAACUAAGAGAAAAGGAAUCUGACAGUCUUUUUAACUGAUUCUGGACAUACGCAUCAUUGACGUUGCAGUGUUAAAACUACAAAGGAGCUCGAAGCCGAGACGUGGGAAAACUGAAGAUGUCGUCUGCUUGUGGAAGCGCUGAAAAAGACUAGGACGUGAUUUAUUAACGACCAACUUCUGUUAUUGUGUGUUAAGUUUUUCAUCUGUGCAUCAAAUCACAAAGAAUAAAUAGAUCUUUUUCCUUUAUCAGUCCCUUGGACACAGCAGGUCCUGAACACCUUGCUCUAGAAUGUUGCAUCAGGAGUUCCAAACAUCAAAAUAAAAAAUAUUAAGAGGAAAUCCCCAUCCUAUGACUCUAGUCCCUUCGGUCCACGGGGGCUGGUUACCUCUUUUGCUAAUAGGAAGAUUAAAUUACUACAAAAUGGGGAGAAAACUGUUUGCCUGUGUUAGACAACCGCGAGCAUAGGAUUGAAGACAGUACAGGCUCCCGUACAGAGAAGUCUCUCCCAUCUGAACUGCAUACUGAGCGGGCAAGUUGGUUGUGAGUUCAGUAAAAACCCUCUGAUGAUGCAAAAAAAAAAAAAAAAAAAAAAAGUAUUAAGUUUCACAAGCUGUUUGUACUCAAAUAUAUUUUCUCAGUUUCAGAUCCUCAGCUAUUUUAUUGAGUGGAAAGUCUUGAACUAAAAGGGUUCAAGAAGAAUAAUGUUGCAUUUCCUUAUGUCUCAGGAAACACUUUUUAUGGUAACUUGUCAGAUUGUCUAUGAACAAACCCACUUUUUUAGACAUUGAUAAAGUCUUCUUUUCUUCACGUGAUAUUUUAUACAAGAACACUUCAGGUGUGUUAUUAGAUGUGACUGAUUUUAACAAAUCCUAUUAGAUUUGUAUCAACUAGUUACAUGUUAUAUUCAUAGUCUUUUGUGAAUCAUCGCCUUUUUGUUUAAAAGAUGGCCUAUUUUGAGCCUUUGUAUAGGUACAUUCCUGUUUUUGUGACAAAAAAACCUUUAAAACUGUCCCAAACAGAAAAAUAAUGGCUAUCAGAAAUAUGUUUUGUUUUAGUGUGAGUUACCGUUACUGUAUUUGUUUAUUGUAAAGGUGGACAUUUAGCGUUCAGUGCAGUUUUCAAUAAAAAGUAAUAAAAAUUUCUGUUAAGCUCUGAAA